CCCGUUCACCGCACACUGUAUACCUCUCCCCAAAAGAAAGAUGCCGCCCCUUAAGAAACGCAAGUUGAGCCACGAUGAAUCUUCCUCCGAUGAGUAUCAGUCUGCAAACUCGCCGACCGGCUCCGAGUCCGCCCCGACCAGCGAUGCCGAGGAGGAAAUGCAGGCGAAGGUCACGAAGCCAACAACAUUCAAAGAGCUGGGAAUAAUUGAUUCCCUGUGCGAAGCAUGCGAGAGUCUCGGGUACAAGGCACCUACGCCAAUCCAAGCUGAAGCAAUACCGUUGGCCUUGCAGGGCCGGGACCUCAUUGGGUUGGCAGAGACCGGUAGCGGCAAGACGGCUGCAUUCGUCCUCCCCAUUCUGCAGGCACUGAUGGAUAAACCGCAACAGCUCCAUUCUUUGAUUCUGGCACCGACAAGAGAACUGGCGUAUCAGAUAUCUCAGGCGGUGGAGGCUCUGGGUUCGCUGAUCGCAGUCCGGUGCGCCGUGUUGGUCGGAGGCAUGGACAUGAUUCCGCAGGCGAUUGCGCUGGGAAAGAAGCCUCAUGUCAUUGUUGCCACCCCCGGACGUCUGCUGGAUCAUUUGGAAAACACAAAGGGGUUCUCGUUGCGCCAAUUGAAGUAUCUGGUCAUGGACGAAGCCGAUCGACUGCUCGACUUGGACUUUGGGCCGAUCCUGGACAAGAUUCUGAAGAUAUUACCAAGAGAAGGGCGAAAAACAUAUCUAUUUUCUGCUACCAUGUCGAGCAAAGUCGAAUCCUUGCAACGAGCCUCGUUGUCGAAUCCCCUCCGUGUGGCGGUUUCCCAAGACAAGUACCAAACCGUGUCGACUCUGAUCCAGUCGUACCUCUUCAUCCCUCACAAGCACAAAGAUCUUUACCUCAUCCAUGUUUUGAACGAACUUGCUGGUCAGACAGGGAUCAUUUUUACACGGACAGUCAACGAGGCACAGCGGAUCUCGAUCCUCCUUCGGACCCUGGGCUUCUCAGCUAUACCGAUCCACGGCCAGCUGUCUCAACAGGCGCGAUUGGCUGCACUGAACAAAUUCCGCGCAAAGUCCCGCAAUCUUUUGGUUGCUUCUGAUGUGGCAUCACGAGGCCUAGACAUCCCUUCUGUUGAUCUCGUGGUCAAUUUCGAUCUCCCCCACGACAGCAAAACAUACAUCCACCGCGUCGGGCGUACUGCGAGGGCGGGCAAGAGCGGCAAGGCGAUUUCUUUUGUCACCCAGUAUGAUGUGGAGUUGUGGAUGAGGAUCGAGGGGGCAUUAGGUAAGAAAUUGAAGGAGUACGAGACGGUCAAGGAAGAGGUCAUGGUGCUGGCAGAGCGGGUGGGGGACGCCCAGCGAGCUGCGGCCAUGGAGAUGAAGGAGCUGCAUGAGAGCAGGGGCAAGAAAGGGGCAACCCUUCGCCACAAGCGGACGGCAAAGGGCGUGGGCGGAAAGCGGAGUCGAGAUGAUAUGGACCAAGACGAAGGGUAGAUGAGGUUCCUGGGCUCCCAUUAGUAAACGAGUUACGUUUCCUUGAUGACGGUGUUUGGGGGGUACCUCCAUAUCUUCUGACCCGGCUCUCGUCAGUAUUGGUCUUUUUUCCCAGAGUAUCUAGCCCUUUGCUAUAUAUUCUUGGAUGCCGUGCUGGUCGAAAAAGUACUAGAGCAGCCUUGCGGCCAGAAAAGGCGCAAGGCGGCGGGUAAAUUCUCACUUCACCACUCGGGGUACGAAUCCACGAAAUCGGUACCUGUACACAAUCCCAUGCCUG